AUGCGGGGCUCACUGGGCUGCAGCCGGCGCCGCUGCCACUCCCGGGAGCAUGAAGGACCGAACCCAGGAGCUCCGCGCGGCCAAGGACAGCGACGAUGACGAUGAUGUCACUGUCACCGUGGACCGAGACCGCUUCAUGGAUGAGUUCUUUGAGCAGGUGGAGGAGAUCCGUGGCUUCAUUGACAAGAUCGCCGAGAACGUGGAGGAGGUGAAACGGAAACACAGUGCCAUCCUGGCCUCCCCCAACCCUGAUGAGAAGACGAAGGAGGAAUUGGAGGAUCUCAUGUCCGACAUUAAGAAGACUGCAAACAAAGUGCGCUCCAAGUUAAAGAGCAUAGAACAGAGCAUAGAGCAGGAGGAAGGCCUGAACCGCUCGUCCGCAGACCUGAGGAUCCGGAAGACACAGCACUCGACGCUGUCCCGGAAGUUUGUGGAGGUCAUGUCAGAGUACAAUGCCACGCAGUCGGACUACCGCGAGCGCUGCAAGGGCCGGAUCCAGAGGCAGCUGGAAAUCACCGGCCGGACCACCACCAGUGAGGAGUUAGAGGACAUGCUGGAGAGUGGGAAUCCUGCUAUCUUUGCCUCUGGGAUCAUCAUGGACUCCAGCAUCUCCAAGCAGGCCCUGAGCGAGAUCGAGACGCGACACAGUGAGAUCAUCAAGCUGGAGAACAGCAUCCGGGAGCUGCACGACAUGUUCAUGGAUAUGGCCAUGCUUGUCGAGAGCCAGGGAGAGAUGAUUGACAGGAUCGAGUACAACGUUGAGCACGCCGUGGACUACGUGGAGAGGGCCGUGUCUGACACCAAGAAGGCUGUCAAGUACCAGAGCAAGGCGCGCAGGAAGAAGAUCAUGAUCAUCAUCUGUUGUGUCAUCCUGGGCAUUGUCAUCGCCUCCACUAUCGGAGGCAUCUUUGGAUAGAGGCCACCCCCGCUGCCGCUCCAUUCCGGAUGGGUCUACCCGAGGACACCCCUGGCUGCUGCUCCUGGCUGGGUUGCCCUCCUUCUCCCUGCCUUCCGGCUCAGAGCCCUUCCCUGUCACCCCACACUGCUCCCCUCUGCCAUGGGGCUCCCGUCCGUCCCCACCCUGCCCCGAGCCGUGUUGUGUGCAUGAUCUUGUGACAGUGUGUGUCUGUACAGGCGGCUUUGGGAAACAGGGCUGGGAACAACCCAGCGGGCUUGGGGACAGGUGAGCAUGGGCCUUGUGGGGGGUGGGGGGAGGGACUACCCUUCCCAGGGACAUAGGCUUCCUUUUGGACCUCAUUCUUGCACCCCCUCACCUGUCCUAUCCUCUGGCCUCUCCAGCUGUCCCCCCAUGCCAAGCCUCCUGGAGGGUGGGGACCAGCUGGCCACAUGGUGCUGCUUUUUAGGUUAGGGGAGGGGUGUCCACGGGGACAGCCCAGCACUGAGUCUCUGUUAGCUGAGCACUGCCAUGAGGCUCAGGGUGCCACGGCUGCUGGCCCGUCAGGACCACCCUCCCUCCCCUACCCUGGGCUAAGGCUCACAAGAUCUCCAGCUUCAGCAUCCCUUGCCACAGCCCCAGGAGCCAUGCCUGCCCCUGGCCUGGCUCCGAGCCCGGUGACUCUCGGAAGAGGUUCGGUGAUGCCCACCUCCGGAAGUAGAACAGGCUUAGACCUCUGCCCCUGCGUCCGACAGGCCUGUUGAGUCUCCAGCCGCUGUUGCAUGUUGGGGGCACUGGUCCCUGUCUGUUGUCACUUUAGACCUAGUGUCACCCUGCCUUUGCUGCCUCCCUCAAAUGUGCCACGUGGUACCAGGUGUCCUGGACCGCGGUGUUCGGCAGCCAGCCAGGGAGGACCCCCUUCCCUUCCUCCCCCUCUGUCUUGGGGCCUACCCCAUCCCUAGGACCCCUUUCUCGUUGACGGGCAAGGAGUGUGCAUGGGAGCGCAUGCAGCGGGGGCUGGGGCCUUGUCCGUGUGCCCCCCUUGCCCUCAGCUUCUUCCACGGCCACUUCUUCCCCCCUUCACCAAAGGUCUUCGUACAACCAGCUGCCCGUUUUGUGAGAUUUUUAUGUAGAAUAAACAUUUGUAUCUGUA